ACUCAUACAGAGGAUAACACAGGUCGCAAAAGCACUUGAGGUCAAUGAGAUUAGACUGGGAUAAGAUUGAUGCAACAGUAAGUAUUUGGAAUUAUUGAUACUAUGCUUGGAGGCCUCUCGCUGACUUUUGUGCCAGGUGCAGGUAUAUUGCUGCUGCCUAGAAGAUUUACGUCAAUGUGGAAAUAAGGGCAUGGAGCGAGGAACGAGGCUUCCCGAAGAUGCAGACCAUCCGAGGGCCCAUGCGAUUGGCUACAAAUGUCAGUAUAUUGCGAGCUUCCUGUUUGGGAUUAGCUAGGAUGACAGUCCACGUCGAGUAGCAAGUACAAAGGCUGCUGCCUCCUCAGCCUCUUUUCGUGGUCUAGUGAUACUGCAAUAAUGGUAUUGUCUUGUUUAUAUCUAUUCGUCCCUUUCAUUGUUCGAGUCUCGGGAUUGAGUCUUCCGCCGCCAACAGGGCCAUAUAAUGUCGGCACAAAGCCUUACGUCCUCAGACACACGACUACGAAUGAUACGGUUGCACCUGAAGGUGUCAGCAAGUCGGUGCUGGUAAAUGUUUACUACCCAACACACGACGAAGCGCCGGCACAGAAGUACAUUUGGGAUGAACUGGGUACCGCUUACGAUGUAUACUUUGGGGUGGCACACGGAACCUUCAGCAAUAUCACCGCUACCCUAGCUAUGAAUGGGAAACCUCUCUCGCGAAGAGAGCACGACAAGCUGCGUCUUCCAACGCUAUUCUUCGGACCCGCUAUGGCAGGUCCGCCAACGCGGUUUUUCACCGGCCUGAUCUCAGAGAUGGCAAGCAGAGGAUACCCAGUCGUCACCGUAGACCAUCCGUGGGAGGCGCCAUACAUACAAUAUCCCAACGGAACUGGCUUCGUGGGAAAAAGCUUCUUAUGGAACCCGUGUCCAGAAGUGAUUGACGACGUUCAGGCGUAUCGCCUUGCUGAUAAUUCCGCCGUUCUUGACGCCUUGCCAAAAAUCUCGAAGGAGCUAGGCGUCCCACUGGAUUUGAGGCGUUUUGCGUUCUUUGGGCAUUCGCUGGGUGGAAGCGCGGCGGUAAGCCAACUUCUUGUUGAAAAGAACCGGACUACUUCGCACAGCAAGAAAUUUCUCGGAGCGAUCAACAUCGACGGUACGUUCUUCGGGAUCGGGGGGUCAAACUCGUCCUCGCUCAACACUCGUGUUCCAACGCUUCUUCUCUCAAGCGAUAUGCAUGAUCCGUUCGCAGGCCACGAUCCCACUUGGCCGCUUUUCGAGUCGUUCCAAUCUUCUUGGACGAAAAGUCUUCGCAUCGUGGGCCACACAAAUCACAGCGACUACUCGGACCUGAUUUUCUUGAAGCAGGCAAAUGGAUUUGCUGGUGGGGAAGGGGCCAUAACCGCAGAGAGAUUUCUACAAGUAUCGCGAACCGUUGUAGGAGACUUUUUUGAAAUGCUCGUCGGAAAGGGAGAGGGCGUAUUGAAAGGCUCUGCGGAAGUCCAGCAGGCGUUCCCCGAGGUGUCAUUUGAUUACAAUGGAACGGGAAAUCCAUGCACCCCGCCAGAUAUAUGCUGGCCACCACCGCCACCGCCCCCGGAAGUUGUUAUACCGAGCUGUGAAAGUUCGUAGGAGAUACGGACACAUUAUUGUAUACACGCUCAAUCAUGGAACCUCAUGUGCUGCAUUUGUAGCAGUGCGCCAAUGGGGAAGAGGCCAUAUACGGUCCCACUUUUGUGAGCCUGACCCUUGCCCGAUCUGGUAAGCGUCUGAAGAUGAG